AUGGGCGACGACUGCGCCAGCUUGGCAGCGCGGAUCGCGGCACUCCGCGGUAUGCCACGAAGCGAUGCUGUGGACGAGAUGGAUGCAAACGUGGACACAUUGGCCGCCAAGGAAGAGGCGCUGCGUGGGCAGGAAGCGCAUAUCGACGCGCAGCUCGAGCUGCUCGGCCGCCUUCGCACGCCACGCCGCCGCCGCAUGGGCCUCGACCAAGCGACCGAGUUGGUCACGCUCAACGUUGGCGGCACCCUGUUUACAACUGCGCGCGAGACACUGCGUCGCGUGCCUGGGAGCUACUUUGAUUUGAGGCUCGCCUCGGAUGCGUGGCAACCGGACGAGGAUGGCGCGUACUUUUUAGAUGUGGAUGCCAAGCUUUUCUCGCAUGUCAUGCGGUUCCUGCGCACGGGGACGCUUUCCUUGUAUGGGCUCGACGCGUCGGACGUGUCGGACCUAAGUGUGAUGCUCGACUACCUGCAAAAGGAUGUUCUUAUAGCUAAGGACCCGUCGCCGCCCACGCCCCCCGUGCUGCACUGGGAUCCAAAGCACUCGACCGUGUCGAUCCUCUUCUCCGAGAGCACGACUCUGGCGUCGCAAGUGAGUCGUCGUGUGAGCAUCGCGAUCGCGUCCCAGCCCGUAGCGACGUUUGCCGUGAGUGUCAAGCUCGGGAGUGCCAUUGACAUUGGGUUUAUACUAUGGCACCUGUCGCUGCCCGUGCCCGACCUAGACGAGCCCCUCCGCGUCUGGUUCUUCAGCUGCGAGAAGGGCGAGAUUUACUCGCAUGGCCAGAGUCGGACAAAAAUCGUGUUGGGUCCGACGAAACCGCCGCGCGCGAUCUUACUGCACAUGACGUGGCCUCACCAGAAGCAGCGGAUCUCGUUCGCCAUCAACGGGAUCACGCUUCCCGCACGCCUCGCGUGUUCGCCCACGACCGACGGGCUGCUGUAUCCGAUGGCGCGCUUUGCCGGUGGAGCCACGUGCACCAGAGGUGGCAACGUACCAAAGACCCCGCGUCAGUCGACACCUCGCGUCAGUCAGCACUUCUGGUUUUUUAUCACCAGCUACCGCCUCGCGUUGGUGGUCCUGCGCCUCGCGCUCAAGCUGUGUUGA